UUCACGAGGCAACAUACGCUGUUCUAAUUAAAACUAAAAAAUAAUUUAAUUUAAAUAAUAUAAAAUAAAAUAUAGAAAAUGUGUGAAAAUAAUAGCUGGCAAGCACCCUUGUGGUUAACAGACAGCUAUUUGGAGGAUGUCUUAAAAAAGUACCUCAAAGAUGAUCAGUUGAAAAUAAUAAAUGUUGAUAUAAAGCCCGCCACUUCGAAUGGUGAAAAUUAUGCCAGUGUUAUGAGUCGUAUUAAAGUGAAAUUUAUGCAAGAAAAACACAGCAAAAAUCCUCAAGAAUUAACCUUUAUAAUGAAAUAUUCUUACGAAAGUGAUCCUUUCGUAGCAAAUAUAAUGUCUGGCUAUGAUGUUUAUAAUACAGAAAUGAAAAUGUAUGAACAAAUAUUACCACAAUUAGCUGAUAUUCUAGAGGAAGUGGGUGACACAGAAAAGCUGUUUGCCAAAACUUUAAAAGUGGAUUUCGAUAAAUCGGCCAUUAUAUUUGAGGAUUUAACGGUGGAAAAUUAUGUUUUGGCCGAUCGCUUAAUAGGAAUGGAUGAAACACAUGCCUGUCUGACUUUAAAGAAAUUAGCAAAAUUUCAUGCAGCAUCUGCCGUUCUAAAUGAACGUCUUAAUGGAGAAUUGGAGAAAUUUCAGCGUGGUAUUUUUAAUAGGCAUACUCGGGCUUUCGGUUGUGUUUUCGAAUAUUUGACAGAAAUUUGCGCCAAGUUUGCUCAAAAGUGUCCUGAGUUGGGAUCGUACUAUCAUGAUAAACUUAUGAAACUAAAACCUCAUGUUGUUGACUAUGGCACUCGCGCUUACAACAGUAAUCCUAAUCAUUUUUACACUCUAAAUCAUGGUGAUUUAUGGAUUAAUAAUAUGAUGAUGCUGUAUGAUUUACUACCAACAAAGGAGAAAUCUUUGAAAGAUGUUUUAUUAAUAGAUUUUCAAUUGUGUAAUUGGUCUUCAGUGUCGGUUGAUUUGCAUUAUUUUCUUCAUACAUCCUUGGAGCCAAAAUUACAACUAGAUAUACAUGCUCUUAAUAAGUUGGUGCAAUAUUAUCAAAGAGUUUUAGUUGAUGUUUUGAGAAAACUAAAAUAUAAGGGUUAUAUACCAACAUUACAUCAGUUGCAUGUUCAGUUAGAGGAAGGCAAAAUAUUGGCCUUAACUGCUGCCACUACCAAUCAGCCCAUUAUGAUUAACGAUCAAUGCGAUGAUGCCGACUUCCAUAGUUUAAUAGAUGACGACGAAAGAGGUAGAAAAUUCCGCAACACUCUCUACCAAAAUAAACGUCUGCAAAAUAAUCUAAAAAUAUUAUUGCCAUAUUUCGAUCAAAUUGGCUUGUUGGAUGUCCAGAAAUAGUUUUUAAACUUGUUAAUAAUGUACAUAUAUUUAAUGAUAGAUAUAAGUUAUAAAUUAAUGUUUAAUUGUAUAAAGACUAUGAAAUUAAAUUAUAUACAGUGGUGGCCAGGUAAUUAAGACAAAAAUUGUUUGCUAAAUUCCAUGUAAUUGUCAAUUAUUUUUUUAAAUAUUUCCACAAAUAUGUAUGCAUGAGAACUGUGUUUUAUUCGACUGUAUCAAUUCAUACAUAUUCACCACGAACUCAUAAGAUUUUUCUACAACUUGACCAAAAAUUUUUUUUUUAAAUAAACAUAUUUUCUCACAUUUAUAUCAUUAUAUUUUUAUUAUUAUAAAAUAUUCGGACCAAAUUUCGUAUUUUUAGUUCCAUUAGUUUCGGUCAUAUUAUGUUAUUAACAGCGGAUGUUCGCUGAGGUGGGUCAACGUAUUUCCACAUAUAUUUGUCCAUAUAUGUUUUACCGAUUUUUCCAAACAUUUUUGAGAAACUAGAAACAUUAAUAAUAAAUUGUAUACCCUUAGAGGUCCUUUUAUUUUGGCUCCAACGCACUUAAAAUUCAGUUGAUGGAAAAAAUUCAAGUAUUUGUCUUAAAUUGGUGGCCACCACUGUACAUACUA